AAACUUCCACCCCAGGUCCCUCCGGUCAAGUGGAUGGAGAGCCACAAAGGGCUUUUCAACCUUGAGGUCCAAGCUGUGUCGUCUGUUCACCCUCAAGACAAUCACUUGGAGCGUUUCUUCACCCUGUGUCAUGCGCUGGAAGGUGGAACUACAUUCCCCGUGCGGAUCAAGGACGAGAAGAUUCCCGAGAACAAACUGGAGCACGAGCUGAAGCUCAGCAUCAUAUCUCUGCCCUCCUCUAAUUUAGAGCCUCUGGUGCUCUUCCUCCACCGGGUACUGGAUAAACUUUUCACCCUCAUCAUGCAGCCCAUGGUCAUAGCUGGCCAAACUGCCAAUCUGGCCCAGAUAGCCUUUGAAUCGGUGGUGUCUAUUGUCAACAGUCUUCAUAACAGCCAGGAACUAUUCAGGGACCAGCUGGGAAGAAAUAUCCUCUUAGCAACCUACCUUUACUGGGUCUUUCGUCUUCCUGAUCCCCCCCGAGACGUGCAGAAUGCCGGUCCAGCAGGUUCAGCUCCAUCAUCAGACAGCCGUUACAUGACCAUAGGUCCGUCUACGGCCGCCAGAGUCGGCAGCAUGCUCCUCCAGUCCCGGAUCCGCAGCAGCAGCAACCCCGACAUCCCUGCUCAGCAAGCUUCAGAUGAAGAUGCAGAGAUCAAAGACAUUCUCUCUGCAAAGGGCCUCAACUACCCGGGCAGCCGCGUGUCCACCUAUGUGGAAACCAGCAACUACCAGAACUCUGCAGGAAGCACAAGGCCGUCCAACAGAAAGCAAUUUCACGAGGAGCUGGCUCUGCAGAUGGUCGUCAGCACUGGCGUCUGCAGAGAAAACGCUUACAAAUAUGCCUGGUUCUUCUUUGAGCUGUUGGUGAAAAGCAUGGCUCAGCAUGUGUCUCAGCUCGACAGGUACACUGUCCCCCGAAGGAGCCGCUUCUCUGACAGAUUCAAAGACGACGUCACCACCAUCGUCUCUGUGGUCACAGCGGAGAUUUGCACAAUCCUCGUCAAACAACAAAAGGAGGUAGAGCAAGCAGAGAAAAUCAACAUCAGUCUGGCCUUCUUCCUCUACGACCUGCUGUCCCUCAUGGACCGAGGGUUUGUUUUCCAGCUUGUGAGAAACUACUGCAACCAGAUGUCUGCUAAGAGCGUUUCAAUGCCAACUUUGAUCAGCAUGCGUCUGGAGUUCCUGCGAAUCCUCUGCAGCCAUGAGCACUACCUCAACCUGAGCCUCUUCUUCAGCAACCCAGCUUCUGCGCCUGCCUCUCCGUGUCCGUCCAUUUCUUCACAGAGUUCUGGCUCCUACCAGGAACAGCAGAGGAUCUUGGCGUUGUUUGAUCUGUCUCAGGAAUUCAAGCAACAGCAUUACCUCACCGGUCUGCUCUUAACGGAACUUAGCGCGGCACUUGACAUGGAGUCAGAAGGGGGAAAGGUUCAAAGAAAGGCGAUCAAUGCAAUUUACAGCUUGCUGUGUUCCCAUGAUCUGGAUGAUCGUUGUGUUAAAACUGAUGUCAGAGCCAAGGUGUCUGCUCUCUACCUCCCCCUGGUGGGGAUUAUUAUAGAGUCGACCAACUACCUGGAUUUCACAGUUUGUGACACGCGCGCCGGCAAGAACAAGACCGGCGAAUCCGAGGAUGACCUUGAAAAUGUGCCGCCUAUCAAUCAGUCUGUUGCCAUGGCGAUUGCCGGGAAUCCCUUCAACACGUUGGGGCGUAACGUUCUCAUCUCCAUGGCAUCCCUGCAAGGUAAAUCUGUUGCCACCCUGGCUGCAGACACCAGUCGCCACCUGCUAGUUUGUUUCCUCUGGGUGAUGAAGAAUGCUGAUAGAAACCUUAUCCAGCGCUGGACCGUGGAUAUGCCUCCUUCACAACUCAAUAAACUGCUGGAGCUCCUCACUAUAUGUGUAUCUUGCUUUGAGUACAGGGGUAAGCAGAGCAGUGACAAAGUGAGCACACAGGCCUUACAGAAAUCUCAGCAGGCCAAGCUGCAGCUAGAAGAAGCCCUGCUGAGAGGAAUGGGAGCCCGUGGAGAAAUGAUGAAACGGGUUGGAGGAACGGACAGAACUGUGGGUCAGAGAGAGAACCUGCGCUGGAGGAAAGACCUCACUCAGUGGAGACAAACAAACGAUCGGCAGGAUAAAACAAAAGCAGAGUUGGACCAGGAGGCUCUCAUCAGUGGGAAUUUAGCCACAGAGGCUAAUCUUAUAGUCCUGGACCUUUUAGAGACCAUAAUACAGGCGGUGCCGUUAAAUGAGUGUAAAGACAGCGUUGUUGGCGGCGUGUUGAAGGUGUUACUCCAUUCUCUCACCUGCAACCAGAGCACCACUUUCCUCCGUCACACCUUCAGCACACUGAGAGCACUUGUCGUCAAGUUCGGAGACCUGUUGUUCGAGGAGGAGGCGGAGCAGUGCGCAGAUCUGUGCCAGAAGGUGCUUCAGUACUGCAGCAGCCCUGUUGACGAGAACAGGAGCCAGGCAUGUGCCACGCUCUAUCUCAUCAUGAGAUACAGCUACAGUAAUGCCAGCAACUUUUCAAGGGUGAAGAUGCAGGUCACCAUGUCACUGGCCUCACUGGUGGGCAAAUCAUCAGACUUCGAGGAGGAAUAUCUAAGGCGCUCCCUCCGCACCAUCCUGGCUUAUGCAGAGGAGGAUGCCGAGAUGCAGAACACCCAGCUGCCCUCACAGGUGGAUGAGCUAUUAAGAAACCUCAACAGCAUCUUGUCAGACACUGUGAAGAUGAGGGAGUUUCAGGAGGAUCCAGAAAUGCUUAUGGAUCUUAUGUAUAGGAUAGCAAAGGGCUACCAGACGUCUCCUGACCUCCGUUUGACCUGGCUGCAGAACAUGGCAGAGAAGCACAACAACAGGAAGUGUUAUACCGAGUCAGCCAUGUGCCUGGUCCAUGCUGCUGCUCUGGUGGCCGAGUACCUCAGCAUGUUGGAGGAUCACAAAUACCUUCCUGUUGGAAGUGUCACCUUUCAGAACAUUUCCCCCAAUGUGCUUGAGGAGUCAGCUGUGUCCGAUGACAUCCUGUCCCCGGACGAGGAUGGCGUGUGCUCGGGACGGUACUUCACGGAGAGCGGCUUGGUGGGAUUGCUCGAACAGGCUGCUGAGCUUUUCAGCAAUGGUAGUCUCUAUGAGGCAGUGAAUGAAGUGUACAAGAUCAUCAUACCAAUCUUGGAGGCUCGAAGAGAUUUUAGAAAACUGGCUUCCACACAUGACAAGCUUCACAGAGCUUUUGAUAACAUCAUCCAGAAGGGCCACAAGAGGAUGUUUGGCACCUAUUUCCGUGUGGGUUUUUAUGGAGCCAAGUUUGGAGACCUGGAUGAACGGGAAUUUAUUUACAAAGAGCCUGGAAUCACGCAUCUGCCCGAGAUAUCACACAGGCUAGAGAACUUCUAUAGCCAGUGUUUUGGAGAUGAGACAUUGGUGAUGAUUAAGGACUCUACACCUGUGGACAGAAAACUGCUCAACCCCAGCAAGGCGUAUAUUCAGAUCACAUACGUGGAACCCUUCUUUGAUGACUAUGAGAUGAAAGACCGUCUAACGAACUUUGAGAAGAACUUCAACCUGAGGCGGUUUAUGUACACCACGCCCUUCACCAAGAGUGGACGACCUCGGGGUGAGCUCAACGAGCAGUACAAGAGGAAGACCAUCCUCACCACCAUGCACGCUUUCCCCUAUGUCAAGACACGCAUCAAUGUCAUCCAGAAAGAGGAGUUUGACCUUACUCCUAUAGAGGUGGCCAUAGAGGACAUGCAGAAGAAAACUAGGGAGCUUGCAGUUGCCACACAUCGGGAGCAACCCGAUGCCAAGAUGCUACAGAUGCUGCUACAAGGCUCUGUGGGAGCCACUGUUAACCAGGGCCCGCUGGAGGUGGCCCAGGUCUUCCUGAAUGAGAUCCCGGCAGACCCCAAGCUCUUCCGUCACCACAAUAAACUGCGCCUGUGUUUCAAAGAGUUUAUAAUGAGGUGUGGUGAGGCUGUUGAGAAGAACAAGUACUUAAUCACAUCAGACCAGAAGGAGUACCAGCAGGAGCUGAAGAAGAACUACAACCGCCUGAGAGAAAACCUGAGGCCCAUGUUGGAGAGAAAGAUUCCCGAGCUUUACAAACCCAUCGUCAGGCCUCGGCUGGAGAACAGGGACUCUUUCAAGCGUCUGAGUUUCCGCAGAACUCUGGAGGAAAACUCCUGAGGUGCCUCAGUUUGUUGGGAAGUGCUGCAGAAAGGAGAGGGAAAUUGUCACAAAGUCUAAGGCAUAAAAGAAGAUGAGCUGAAAAGAUCUGCUGGUGACACCUCGGAAAAAAUGAGGAAAAAGGCGUGUCUACAUGGAGGACUCAACUUUUAUUUUCUGUUUUUUUUUUGUAAAUUCAGCAUUGUGCAUACAUAUGCAUGACCACUUUUGUAAUGUUAUGUAUGCUGUAUAAGAACAGAGCACAGAAAAAAGGGUAAAUGGUUAUCCUGAGCAAAGUGUAGCUUUUUAAAUAUUUCACUGUAAAAUCAAGUCCUGAUAAUGCUGCAAACAUUUUCUCCUGGUCAGCAAAGCUCUUUUACUGACCCAGUGUUCAUACUGUGUAUAUUCUGUUAAUUAUUGUAUCUUGUAUGUAUGUACAUCUCUGAAUGAACAUGCUGAUUUACAUAUGGCACAGAAUAAGAGUUUUAGUGAUCAACAGUUCUGGUUGGCACUACAGAACUUCUGGGUUUCUAUGCAUGGCAUUUUUUUAGUUUAAGCAGCAAUUAUUUGAACUGGAUGGAUUAUGCACUGGAGAAACAUGUACAAAUUUCUGCGUUUGCUUGUAUCCUUGUCUUGCUUCCUUACUUCUGGACAUCCAGCAUUUAAUGAACAAACAGGAGCAGGAAAUCCUCUCUGAGGUCUAAACUGCAGUUCGCAGAUGCAUGAAAGCCACUUUUUUUUGUAUAUAGUUCCACUUACAAAAAUUAAAAAGUGUUUUGCAUUUUAUUUGAUAGCAAUUUUUUUUGUGUAUGUAGCAGUUCCAGUGCCAAAUUUAAAGCGUUUCUUUGUAUCUUAAAUGAGAAACUUCAGAAGAAUUGCAAUAUUUUUGAAAAUCCAGCCAGCACAGGCUAUGCUGAAAUACUCUUUCUGUAAAGAUUUGCAAUACCUGCUUUUGAACAGGACAUUUUGCUGAUCUUAUUUACAUACAUGACUGCUCAACCUGUUUUAUGUUCUAGGUCACAAUGUAUUUAAUGUAAAUGUGUUUAUUUUUCAUAAAUAGAAAUACAUUUCAAAUACAUUAUCAUUGCUCAGUUGAUUGUAUUUAUUAGCUGUUAGAUUUUUUUUAAUGGCUUAGUAAAACAAAGUCAUGGAACUUGCUGUAUCAACUAAGUAUUAAAGUGCAUUUCUAUUUUUGAACUAAUCUAAAUGUGUGUUGUAAGAUAAAUUUGUGGCAUUCAAAUCUGUUGUGUAUUUGUUCAUACUGUUUUACUAAAUUAGGAACCUCUGUUAAGCACAAUCCUUAUGCAGAAAGUUAAUAAAUUUAACAUAUGCAUAUUUA